GCAAGCCGUUUGUGGAGAUUCCUGAGCAGCCGCGCAUUGAGCCGCCUUCUCCAGAGCUGAUCCAGUCAUUCCCUCCUUCGUGGCCGGCGGCGCUGUGCAACUUCCAGCUCAGCGUCCUGCCUAUCCUCGGCUUCCUGCACUGCCUGUACGACGACUCGGACGAGCUGUUUUUAGACAGCGUCCAAGAUGCUGGGUGCAAUCUGGGCGAUGCCUCGAUGCCCGCCACGUGGCUCGACUUCUGCCAGGAUAUCCGGCCUGUCCUGCAAAAGGCACGGGAAGCUCUCAAGACGGCGGAAAAGCCGGAGGACAUCUUGGGGGCGCUGAGAUGCCUUAUCGACGGGGAUGUUCAGUGCGUGGGCUUGCUGGCAGCCUGCUGGAGACGGCCGUGGGCGCACCGCAUCUAUCGAUCUUCCCUCAAGAGAGGGGGACGGGCAGAAAAGUACGUUGACGAUUUCGCCGAGUCUGUUGCCCGCGAGCUGGGCAACGAGCCUGGGGACGUCGCCUUCUGGGAGACGUUGGAGUCCUGGGCACGGAGCUCUGCCCUUAACCGGUCGCGCGUCUUUGUUGAGGAGCUAUUGAAAGUGGUGCAAGGCGACUUAGAGCGGGGAAAUGCUCUCUCAAAGAAGGGGACGCCGCUGCCAAAGGGGAAUGUUGUCCCGUAUGCGAGGGCAGCACCUGACUCCGGAGCUCCUUCAGGGUACGUGCUUUUAGGAGGCGGCAGCAGGGAGGCAGGCGACGGAAGUGGCCGAAGAGUCACGGACGCUCGAGAGACGCGAACGUAUUCGGUCCUGCCCAGCCCUGGAGAUAUCGAGGCGUUCUCUUUCCACGGUAAAAUUUCACGUGUGGAUGCGUCCCGGGAUGUUCAGCUGUUCUACUUCACGGAGAGGGCAAGGAGUGCAGAAUGGGACCCGCAGAAAGUUUCGUCCCACUAUACAAACACGAGGAGGGCAGAGGAGCACGGAGCGUUCGAGUGCGGCUGGGUCUCCGCGCACUUACCGGAGCAGGCCAUUGAGUUGGACAAGGCGAGGAAGGUCAAGAUAGAGCGAGUGCAAGCUCUGCAACCAGAGCAGUGCAGGGCCGAAACGUUUCGAGUCGAGUACCAGCAUACUAUCAUCGACUCCCUGCGGGGGCACCUGAAUCGUCUCAAUGUAGACAAGGUGGUCCUUAUCUUCCACGGGUACUGUGUAGGCUUCGACCAGGCCAUCUUGAUGGCAGCAAGGAUCAUGGCUGCAGUAAGCCCCGAGAACGACUUGCUUGGUAUCGUCUGCGAUUGGCCGUCAAAGAACGCCCGCCCUUGCUACCAUAUUGACGCGAGGCAGAUACCCACCUCGACGGAUAGCUUCUUCCGGCUUGGACUGGGCGACAGUGAGACGUACGGUGUCGGAGCGCUAGGAAAGGGCGUGAUCCCGCUUCUACAACAUCCACUUGAUGGGGAGCCCCUGGUGCGCGAGAUCUAUUUAUUUGCCCACAGCAUGGGCAACCAACUGCUCAUGAAUGGCCUCGCAUUAACCCGCGACUUUCCCAUUGAGGAUCGUGAGGCUCUGAGGCAAGUGGUUUGCCUUGCUUCUGACAUCGACGUCGAAGCACUCAGGCGGGGCCUCAAGUCGGGUCUGUGGCACAUCAACCCUACCAGCCGGGUAACCCUCUACUUUUCAGCAAACGAUUGGGCGUUGCGCGGAUCUACUUGGAUUAAUUGGUCCGAAGUCCGAGUGGGAGCUGACCCGAGACUGGAGGGGUUUCUGCCCCCAGCCCAGCAAGACCGUUUCGACCGGGUUGACUGCGCAAGUGUUGGAAACCUUAUCGACGUCGGGCACAGUUACCAUGUCUCGUCUCACCCGGUGAGAAUGGACUUGAGGGAGGUAUUCCAGGGCACCUCCGCAUCUCACCCUCAAAGGCUUGGUCGCACUGUAAAGAGCGCGGACACGCCCCAGCCAGGGCUCUUUCAGAUUGCAGCUUGGCGGAGAAAAAUCUGGUUUUAA